UCUGGGAAACAGACAGUGUAACUGUCUCAAUGGAGUCGGCACAGUCACAGACAACAUGAUCUGUGCUGGUGUUCUGGCAGGAGGCAAAGACUCUUGUCAGGGUGACUCAGGAGGUCCAAUGGUGAACCAGCAGGGCUCUGUCUGGGUCCAGUCUGGAAUCGUUAGUUUUGGUUUUGGCUGUGCUCGGCCCAAUCUGCCAGGAGUCUACUCCAGAGUGUCCAGUUACCAGUCCUGGAUCAACUCCCACAUCACAUCUGAUAAGCCAGGCUUUGUCCAGUUCAGCUCCAGUGGGCUGGAUGCUGACAGCAGCUACACCUGUCCUGGCCUGCCACCUCCUGUCAUCACUAUUACUACUACUGAUGCUACUAGUACAGCAGGACCAGAUGUUACAACCGCAGAAGCAGUAUCCAGCAUGUUAAGUGCUGAAUUGUGUGGCAUCACUCCGCUGAACACCAGGAUAGUUGGAGGUGAAGAUGCUCCAGCAGGGAGUUGGCCCUGGCAGGCUAGUCUGCAGAGAUUUGGCGGCCAUAUUUGUGGUGGUUCCCUCAUCAACAGAGAGUGGGUGAUGUCUGCUGCUCACUGCUUCUCCAGUACAAGUACAUAUAGAUGGACGGUUUCUCUCGGUCGUCAGAACCUGCAGGGCAAAAACCCAAACGAAGUGUCCAGAACUGUUGCCAGAAUCAUUUUGCAUCCAAACUAUGACAGCGACACCAACAACAACGACAUCGCUCUGCUCAGACUCUCCUCACCAGUCGAAUUCACAGACUACAUCAGACCUGUGUGUCUGGCAGCCAGUAGCAGUGUGUUCAACAACGGCACUGAUAGCUGGGUCACUGGCUGGGGAGCAGUCAAGGAGGGAGUUUCAUUACCCUUACCUAAAACUCUACAAGAAGUGGAGGUGCCAGUUCUGGGAAACAGACAGUGUAACUGUCUCAAUGGAGUCGGCACAGUCACAGACAACAUGAUCUGUGCUGGUGUUCUGGCAGGAGGCAAAGACUCUUGUCAGGGUGACUCAGGAGGUCCAAUGGUGAACCAGCAGGGCUCUGUCUGGGUCCAGUCUGGAAUCGUUAGUUUUGGUUUUGGCUGUGCUCGGCCCAAUUUGCCAGGAGUCUACUCCAGAGUGUCCAGUUACCAGUCCUGGAUCAACUCCCACAUCACAUCUGAUAAGCCAGGCUUUGUCCAGUUCAGCUCCAGUGGGCUGGAUGCUGACAGCAGCUACACCUGUCCUGGCCUGCCACCUCCUGUCAUCACUAUUACUACUACUGAUGCUACUAGUACAGCAGGACCAGAUGUUACAACCGCAGAAGCAGUAUCCAGCAUGUUAAGUGCUGAAUUGUGUGGCAUCACUCCGCUGAACACCAGGAUAGUUGGAGGUGAAGAUGCUCCAGCAGGGAGUUGGCCCUGGCAGGCUAGUCUGCAGAGAUUUGGCGGCCAUAUUUGUGGUGGUUCCCUCAUCAACAGAGAGUGGGUGAUGUCUGCUGCUCACUGCUUCUCCAGUACAAGUACAUAUAGAUGGACGGUUUCUCUCGGUCGUCAGAACCUGCAGGGCAAAAACCCAAACGAAGUGUCCAGAACUGUUGCCAGAAUCAUUUUGCAUCCAAACUAUGACAGCGACACCAACAACAACGACAUCGCUCUGCUCAGACUCUCCUCACCAGUCGAAUUCACAGACUACAUCAGACCUGUGUGUCUGGCAGCCAGUAGCAGUGUGUUCAACAACGGCACUGAUAGCUGGGUCACUGGCUGGGGAGCAGUCAAGGAGGGAGUUUCAUUACCCUUACCUAAAACUCUACAAGAAGUGGAGGUGCCAGUUCUGGGAAACAGACAGUGUAACUGUCUCAAUGGAGUCGGCACAGUCACAGACAACAUGAUCUGUGCUGGUGUUCUGGCAGGAGGCAAAGACUCUUGUCAGGGUGACUCAGGAGGUCCAAUGGUGAACCAGCAGGGCUCUGUCUGGGUCCAGUCUGGAAUCGUUAGUUUUGGUUUUGGCUGUGCUCGGCCCAAUCUGCCAGGAGUCUACUCCAGAGUGUCCAGUUACCAGUCCUGGAUCAACUCCCACAUCACAUCUGAUAAGCCAGGCUUUGUCCAGUUCAGCUCCAGUGGGCUGGAUGCUGACAGCAGCUACACCUGUCCUGGCCUGCCACCUCCUGUCAUCACUAUUACUACUACUGAUGCUACUAGUACAGCAGGACCAGAUGUUACAACCGCAGAAGCAGUAUCCAGCAUGUUAAGUGCUGAAUUGUGUGGCAUCACUCCGCUGAACACCAGGAUAGUUGGAGGUGAAGAUGCUCCAGCAGGGAGUUGGCCCUGGCAGGCUAGUCUGCAGAGAUUUGGCGGCCAUAUUUGUGGUGGUUCCCUCAUCAACAGAGAGUGGGUGAUGUCUGCUGCUCACUGCUUCUCCAGUACAAGUACAUAUAGAUGGACGGUUUCUCUCGGUCGUCAGAACCUGCAGGGCAAAAACCCAAACGAAGUGUCCAGAACUGUUGCCAGAAUCAUUUUGCAUCCAAACUAUGACAGCGACACCAACAACAACGACAUCGCUCUGCUCAGACUCUCCUCACCAGUCGAAUUCACAGACUACAUCAGACCUGUGUGUCUGGCAGCCAGUAGCAGUGUGUUCAACAACGGCACUGAUAGCUGGGUCACUGGCUGGGGAGCAGUCAAGGAGGGAGUUUCAUUACCCUUACCUAAAACUCUACAAGAAGUGGAGGUGCCAGUUCUGGGAAACAGACAGUGUAACUGUCUCAAUGGAGUCGGCACAGUCACAGACAACAUGAUCUGUGCUGGUGUUCUGGCAGGAGGCAAAGACUCUUGUCAGGGUGACUCAGGAGGUCCAAUGGUGAACCAGCAGGGCUCUGUCUGGGUCCAGUCUGGAAUCGUUAGUUUUGGUUUUGGCUGUGCUCGGCCCAAUCUGCCAGGAGUCUACUCCAGAGUGUCCAGUUACCAGUCCUGGAUCAACUCCCACAUCACAUCUGAUAAGCCAGGCUUUGUCCAGUUCAGCUCCAGUGGGCUGGAUGCUGACAGCAGCUACACCUGUCCUGGCCUGCCACCUCCUGUCAUCACUAUUACUACUACUGAUGCUACUAGUACAGCAGGACCAGAUGUUACAACCGCAGAAGCAGUAUCCAGCAUGUUAAGUGCUGAAUUGUGUGGCAUCACUCCGCUGAACACCAGGAUAGUUGGAGGUGAAGAUGCUCCAGCAGGGAGUUGGCCCUGGCAGGCUAGUCUGCAGAGAUUUGGCGGCCAUAUUUGUGGUGGUUCCCUCAUCAACAGAGAGUGGGUGAUGUCUGCUGCUCACUGCUUCUCCAGUACAAGUACAUAUAGAUGGACGGUUUCUCUCGGUCGUCAGAACCUGCAGGGCAAAAACCCAAACGAAGUGUCCAGAACUGUUGCCAGAAUCAUUUUGCAUCCAAACUAUGACAGCGACACCAACAACAACGACAUCGCUCUGCUCAGACUCUCCUCACCAGUCGAAUUCACAGACUACAUCAGACCUGUGUGUCUGGCAGCCAGUAGCAGUGUGUUCAACAACGGCACUGAUAGCUGGGUCACUGGCUGGGGAGCAGUCAAGGAGGGAGUUUCAUUACCCUUACCUAAAACUCUACAAGAAGUGGAGGUGCCAGUUCUGGGAAACAGACAGUGUAACUGUCUCAAUGGAGUCGGCACAGUCACAGACAACAUGAUCUGUGCUGGUGUUCUGGCAGGAGGCAAAGACUCUUGUCAGGGUGACUCAGGAGGUCCAAUGGUGAACCAGCAGGGCUCUGUCUGGGUCCAGUCUGGAAUCGUUAGUUUUGGUUUUGGCUGUGCUCGGCCCAAUUUGCCAGGAGUCUACUCCAGAGUGUCCAGUUACCAGUCCUGGAUCAACUCCCACAUCACAUCUGAUAAGCCAGGCUUUGUCCAGUUCAGCUCCAGUGGGCUGGAUGCUGACAGCAGCUACACCUGUCCUGGCCUGCCACCUCCUGUCAUCACUAUUACUACUACUGAUGCUACUAGUACAGCAGGACCAGAUGUUACAACCGCAGAAGCAGUAUCCAGCAUGUUAAGUGCUGAAUUGUGUGGCAUCACUCCGCUGAACACCAGGAUAGUUGGAGGUGAAGAUGCUCCAGCAGGGAGUUGGCCCUGGCAGGCUAGUCUGCAGAGAUUUGGCGGCCAUAUUUGUGGUGGUUCCCUCAUCAACAGAGAGUGGGUGAUGUCUGCUGCUCACUGCUUCUCCAGUACAAGUACAUAUAGAUGGACGGUUUCUCUCGGUCGUCAGAACCUGCAGGGCAAAAACCCAAACGAAGUGUCCAGAACUGUUGCCAGAAUCAUUUUGCAUCCAAACUAUGACAGCGACACCAACAACAACGACAUCGCUCUGCUCAGACUCUCCUCACCAGUCGAAUUCACAGACUACAUCAGACCUGUGUGUCUGGCAGCCAGUAGCAGUGUGUUCAACAACGGCACUGAUAGCUGGGUCACUGGCUGGGGAGCAGUCAAGGAGGGAGUUUCAUUACCCUUACCUAAAACUCUACAAGAAGUGGAGGUGCCAGUUCUGGGAAACAGACAGUGUAACUGUCUCAAUGGAGUCGGCACAGUCACAGACAACAUGAUCUGUGCUGGUGUUCUGGCAGGAGGCAAAGACUCUUGUCAGGGUGACUCAGGAGGUCCAAUGGUGAACCAGCAGGGCUCUGUCUGGGUCCAGUCUGGAAUCGUUAGUUUUGGUUUUGGCUGUGCUCGGCCCAAUCUGCCAGGAGUCUACUCCAGAGUGUCCAGUUACCAGUCCUGGAUCAACUCCCACAUCACAUCUGAUAAGCCAGGCUUUGUCCAGUUCAGCUCCAGUGGGCUGGAUGCUGACAGCAGCUACACCUGUCCUGGCCUGCCACCUCCUGUCAUCACUAUUACUACUACUGAUGCUACUAGUACAGCAGGACCAGAUGUUACAACCGCAGAAGCAGUAUCCAGCAUGUUAAGUGCUGAAUUGUGUGGCAUCACUCCGCUGAACACCAGGAUAGUUGGAGGUGAAGAUGCUCCAGCAGGGAGUUGGCCCUGGCAGGCUAGUCUGCAGAGAUUUGGCGGCCAUAUUUGUGGUGGUUCCCUCAUCAACAGAGAGUGGGUGAUGUCUGCUGCUCACUGCUUCUCCAGUACAAGUACAUAUAGAUGGACGGUUUCUCUCGGUCGUCAGAACCUGCAGGGCAAAAACCCAAACGAAGUGUCCAGAACUGUUGCCAGAAUCAUUUUGCAUCCAAACUAUGACAGCGACACCAACAACAACGACAUCGCUCUGCUCAGACUCUCCUCACCAGUCGAAUUCACAGACUACAUCAGACCUGUGUGUCUGGCAGCCAGUAGCAGUGUGUUCAACAACGGCACUGAUAGCUGGGUCACUGGCUGGGGAGCAGUCAAGGAGGGAGUUUCAUUACCCUUACCUAAAACUCUACAAGAAGUGGAGGUGCCAGUUCUGGGAAACAGACAGUGUAACUGUCUCAAUGGAGUCGGCACAGUCACAGACAACAUGAUCUGUGCUGGUGUUCUGGCAGGAGGCAAAGACUCUUGUCAGGGUGACUCAGGAGGUCCAAUGGUGAACCAGCAGGGCUCUGUCUGGGUCCAGUCUGGAAUCGUUAGUUUUGGUUUUGGCUGUGCUCGGCCCAAUCUGCCAGGAGUCUACUCCAGAGUGUCCAGUUACCAGUCCUGGAUCAACUCCCACAUCACAUCUGAUAAGCCAGGCUUUGUCCAGUUCAGCUCCAGUGGGCUGGAUGCUGACAGCAGCUACACCUGUCCUGGCCUGCCACCUCCUGUCAUCACUAUUACUACUACUGAUGCUACUAGUACAGCAGGACCAGAUGUUACAACCGCAGAAGCAGUAUCCAGCAUGUUAAGUGCUGAAUUGUGUGGCAUCACUCCGCUGAACACCAGGAUAGUUGGAGGUGAAGAUGCUCCAGCAGGGAGUUGGCCCUGGCAGGCUAGUCUGCAGAGAUUUGGCGGCCAUAUUUGUGGUGGUUCCCUCAUCAACAGAGAGUGGGUGAUGUCUGCUGCUCACUGCUUCUCCAGUACAAGUACAUAUAGAUGGACGGUUUCUCUCGGUCGUCAGAACCUGCAGGGCAAAAACCCAAACGAAGUGUCCAGAACUGUUGCCAGAAUCAUUUUGCAUCCAAACUAUGACAGCGACACCAACAACAACGACAUCGCUCUGCUCAGACUCUCCUCACCAGUCGAAUUCACAGACUACAUCAGACCUGUGUGUCUGGCAGCCAGUAGCAGUGUGUUCAACAACGGUACUGAUAGCUGGGUCACUGGCUGGGGAGCAGUCAAGGAGGGAGUUUCAUUACCCUUCCCUAAAACUCUACAAGAAGUGGAGGUGCCAGUUCUGGGAAACAGACAGUGUAACUGUCUCAAUGGAGUCGGCACAGUCACAGACAACAUGAUCUGUGCUGGUGUUCUUGCAGGAGGCAAAGACUCUUGUCAGGGUGACUCAGGAGGUCCAAUGGUGAACCAGCAGGGCUCUGUCUGGGUCCAGUCUGGAAUCGUUAGUUUUGGUUUUGGCUGUGCUCGGCCCAAUCUGCCAGGAGUCUACUCCAGAGUGUCCAGUUACCAGUCCUGGAUCAACUCCCACAUCACAUCUGAUAAGCCAGGCUUUGUCCAGUUCAGCUCCAGUGGGCUGGAUGCUGACAGCAGCUACACCUGUCCUGGCCUGCCACCUCCUGUCAUCACUAUUACUACUACUGAUGCUACUAGUACAGCAGGACCAGAUGUUACAACCGCAGAAGCAGUAUCCAGCAUGUUAAGUGCUGAAUUGUGUGGCAUCACUCCGCUGAACACCAGGAUAGUUGGAGGUGAAGAUGCUCCAGCAGGGAGUUGGCCCUGGCAGGCUAGUCUGCAGAGAUUUGGCGGCCAUAUUUGUGGUGGUUCCCUCAUCAACAGAGAGUGGGUGAUGUCUGCUGCUCACUGCUUCUCCAGUACAAGUACAUAUAGAUGGACGGUUUCUCUCGGUCGUCAGAACCUGCAGGGCAAAAACCCAAACGAAGUGUCCAGAACUGUUGCCAGAAUCAUUUUGCAUCCAAACUAUGACAGCGACACCAACAACAACGACAUCGCUCUGCUCAGACUCUCCUCACCAGUCGAAUUCACAGACUACAUCAGACCUGUGUGUCUGGCAGCCAGUAGCAGUGUGUUCAACAACGGUACUGAUAGCUGGGUCACUGGCUGGGGAGCAGUCAAGGAGGGAGUUUCAUUACCCUUCCCUAAAACUCUACAAGAAGUGGAGGUGCCAGUUCUGGGAAACAGACAGUGUAACUGUCUCAAUGGAGUCGGCACAGUCACAGACAACAUGAUCUGUGCUGGUGUUCUGGCAGGAGGCAAAGAAUCUUGUCAGGGUGACUCAGGAGGUCCAAUGGUGAACCAGCAGGGCUCUGUCUGGGUCCAGUCUGGAAUCGUUAGUUUUGGUUUUGGCUGUGCUCGGCCCAAUCUGCCAGGAGUCUACUCCAGAGUGUCCAGUUACCAGUCCUGGAUCAACUCCCACAUCACAUCUGAUAAGCCAGGCUUUGUCCAGUUCAGCUCCAGUGGGCUGGAUGCUGACAGCAGCUACACCUGUCCUGGCCUGCCACCUCCUGUCAUCACUAUUACUACUACUGAUGCUACUAGUACAGCAGGACCAGAUGUUACAACCGCAGAAGCAGUAUCCAGCAUGUUAAGUGCUGAAUUGUGUGGCAUCACUCCGCUGAACACCAGGAUAGUUGGAGGUGAAGAUGCUCCAGCAGGGAGUUGGCCCUGGCAGGCUAGUCUGCAGAGAUUUGGCGGCCAUAUUUGUGGUGGUUCCCUCAUCAACAGAGAGUGGGUGAUGUCUGCUGCUCACUGCUUCUCCAGUACAAGUACAUAUAGAUGGACGGUUUCUCUCGGUCGUCAGAACCUGCAGGGCAAAAACCCAAACGAAGUGUCCAGAACUGUUGCCAGAAUCAUUUUGCAUCCAAACUAUGACAGCGACACCAACAACAACGACAUCGCUCUGCUCAGACUCUCCUCACCAGUCGAAUUCACAGACUACAUCAGACCUGUGUGUCUGGCAGCCAGUAGCAGUGUGUUCAACAACGGUACUGAUAGCUGGGUCACUGGCUGGGGAGCAGUCAAGGAGGGAGUUUCAUUACCCUUCCCUAAAACUCUACAAGAAGUGGAGGUGCCAGUUCUGGGAAACAGACAGUGUAACUGUCUCAAUGGAGUCGGCACAGUCACAGACAACAUGAUCUGUGCUGGUGUUCUUGCAGGAGGCAAAGACUCUUGUCAGGGUGACUCAGGAGGUCCAAUGGUGAACCAGCAGGGCUCUGUCUGGGUCCAGUCUGGAAUCGUUAGUUUUGGUUUUGGCUGUGCUCGGCCCAAUCUGCCAGGAGUCUACUCCAGAGUGUCCAGUUACCAGUCCUGGAUCAACUCCCACAUCACAUCUGAUAAGCCAGGCUUUGUCCAGUUCAGCUCCAGUGGGCUGGAUGCUGACAGCAGCUACACCUGUCCUGGCCUGCCACCUCCUGUCAUCACUAUUACUACUACUGAUGCUACUAGUACAGCAGGACCAGAUGUUACAACCGCAGAAGCAGUAUCCAGCAUGUUAAGUGCUGAAUUGUGUGGCAUCACUCCGCUGAACACCAGGAUAGUUGGAGGUGAAGAUGCUCCAGCAGGGAGUUGGCCCUGGCAGGCUAGUCUGCAGAGAUUUGGCGGCCAUAUUUGUGGUGGUUCCCUCAUCAACAGAGAGUGGGUGAUGUCUGCUGCUCACUGCUUCUCCAGUACAAGUACAUAUAGAUGGACGGUUUCUCUCGGUCGUCAGAACCUGCAGGGCAAAAACCCAAACGAAGUGUCCAGAACUGUUGCCAGAAUCAUUUUGCAUCCAAACUAUGACAGCGACACCAACAACAACGACAUCGCUCUGCUCAGACUCUCCUCACCAGUCGAAUUCACAGACUACAUCAGACCUGUGUGUCUGGCAGCCAGUAGCAGUGUGUUCAACAACGGCACUGAUAGCUGGGUCACUGGCUGGGGAGCAGUCAAGGAGGGAGUUUCAUUACCCUUACCUAAAACUCUACAAGAAGUGGAGGUGCCAGUUCUGGGAAACAGACAGUGUAACUGUCUCAAUGGAGUCGGCACAGUCACAGACAACAUGAUCUGUGCUGGUGUUCUGGCAGGAGGCAAAGACUCUUGUCAGGGUGACUCAGGAGGUCCAAUGGUGAACCAGCAGGGCUCUGUCUGGGUCCAGUCUGGAAUCGUUAGUUUUGGUUUUGGCUGUGCUCGGCCCAAUCUGCCAGGAGUCUACUCCAGAGUGUCCAGUUACCAGUCCUGGAUCAACUCCCACAUCACAUCUGAUAAGCCAGGCUUUGUCCAGUUCAGCUCCAUUGGGCUGGAUGCUGACAGCAGCUACACCUGUCCUCACCUUCCAGCUUCACCAACAAAAAGACCAAGUAUACCUACCCAAAUUGUAACCAGUCCGGCAAGGUCAGUUUGUGGUCUUGCUCCUAUGAACAGUCGUGAGGUGGGUGACAGUGGCGUUGUACCCGGAGGAAUGUGGCCCUGGAUGGUGAGUCUCCACAAAAAUGGGGUCUACACUUGUGGAGGAACCCUCAUCGCUGACAACUUUGUCCUCACUUCUGCCCAGUGCUUCUCUGUCCCCAAUCCAAACGUCAGGGAGUGGAGCGUGUUUCUGGGCCCACGACUAGUGGAUGGCUCAGAAGAGUAUGAGAUGUCUCAGGACGUUGUGAAAAUUACAGUGACCAAAAUGACCGGUCCUAACAUUGCACUGCUGCAGCUGGCUAAAACAGUCAGUUACAGUGAUUAUAUCCAGCCUGUGUGUGUGGACAUUAGCAAUGCCAGAUCUUUCCCUGCUGGAAGUCAAUGCUGGAUGGCAGGCUGGGGGACGGGGAGCAAGAGCACAGGCACUGACAGAGCUGGCACAAGUCUUCGGGAAAUUGAAACUCGAGUAACAAAUUGUGGGAACGUUUCUAACUCAGAGAACAUUUGCACGUAUACCAUGGACAUUCAGCAGGGUGAUCAGGGUGGCCCUCUGCUAUGCAAGUCAGAUUCAUCUUGGUUCCAGUUGGCUGUUGUAACAAAAGGUGGAAGCAAAUCUCUCCGCGCAGACGUUCAGAUCUUUGCCAAAACUUCAAGAUUCGGGUCAUUCUUAAAGGAGGCAGUGGGCAACAUGCCUUCUCCUGCCGCCACAGGAGGAGCAGCAGGUUUCUCCAUGUCCUCAUUCCUGUCCUUCUUUUUACCCAUUACCUCUAUAUUCCUGUUGUCAAGCUGUUAGGUCUGUUGUCAAAGGGAUGCUUGAAGCAAUUCAUUAUUGCACUUAAAAGUCAAGUUGAUUGACCACUUUAAACACUCCUCAUAAGCCUCACUUAUAUUCUGUAAACACACGUACAGUAACGCAGGUCAAAUAGAAGAAAAAUAUUGAAGAAAAUGUUGCAUCAUAAGGCCAAAGAUGUUUAUAUUUUUUUAACAAUAAAAGAUAUUUUUCUGUAAUAUGAUGAAUUAUUUUAGAAGACAAUGUCAGUUCCAAAAUGUUCCACUGAAUCCGCUUAAAUGAAGGACAACCUUUGUUAUUUAUGCUCUACUCAAUUAUACCUCUGUUUUCUUUCUACACA